UAUAAAUUUAACAUAUUUUUACAGGAAAAUACAUGCACGGAACAGCUUAAAAACACGUCUGCUUCUAUUCUAACCUCCUUGAUACCAUUGAUAUCUAGGUAUCUCCGUAAUCUCACGGUGAUGAUGCACUAGAUUUAAUUAGAGGAAUGACCAUAAUCCGAAUUAUUCCUGGUUGUGGUAUUUUAUCCUUAUUUGCAUAAUUAGCGCUAUCAACAUUUGCAUAGCUAGACCGAAGUCAAGAGGUGCGAACUUUUGUCAUAUAAUCUGUAUGAAGGCAUCUGAUUGAUUAUGGAGAUUCCUAGGUUUUUGCCUAAAAGUAUACAAAAUUACAAGAAAAUACAGGGGGAAGGGAAAAAAGUGCUUAGACUACUGUCAUUAUAAUUUUUUAAAUCUUCGUGUGCUCAUUAUGCGCGCGCAUCCCCUAUGUGAUUCACGUGUGUUUUUAACUUUAUUCGGCUAGAGGGAAUAUUUAAACUCAUUUAAAAGUGUUGAGUAUGCUUUUGUGAGAUUUUACAAAUUCUGUUAAUUUUUGAAAACUGACAUUUGCAGUGAUGGCGGGCUCUCCGAAAUGGACAAUAAAAAAUGGGUCUGUAGAUGAAAUUAAAGUGAAUAUAUCAUUGAAUAAAACUAUGGAUACCACUGAGGACAAAAACAAUCAAAUGAGCACAGUUUAUCAUCCCUCAACUACAGCAAGUAAAACGAAGACUAAAGCAAAAUGUUUUCCCUCACAAAAUGGAAAAAAGACGCUGAAAAUUGGCUUGAGGAAAGUCACUGAUAUGAGAUCUUCAAAGUCUGAAGCUUUGAAAUGUGACCAAGCAGAAGAUAAAAAGUGCAAUAAUUAUUCAGAACACUCCACUCAAAGAUAUACUAUCAUAAAAGAGCCAAAUGAGACUGUUCAUCUAUUACCAGUUGUUAAUAUUUUAGAAAAAUAUGAUUUCAAAUAUGAAGUAAUGCCUGAUGUUCAACGGAAGAACAACAGCAUUUUCUUUCAAGAUAAAUUAAUGCAUGCAUUUUUCAAAUAUUAUCCAGAAUAUAUAUGUAUUGAUGUGCUGUGUGAAAUAGCUGAACUAGAACGUUAUUUAUGCUUGUUCAUAAGUGCAGAUGCUAAUGGAUAUUGUGAAAUUGUUUCAGUAGGCCUAAUUAAAAGUGACAAUUCAGGACUUAUGUGGUUAUGUGAAGUUUUUAAGAAGCAUAAUCCAAAUUGGCGGAAAAUAUGUGUUAUUACUUCUGAUAAAAGUUUGUUUAGCAUGGAAGCUAUUAAACAGUCUUUUGCUGAUAAAAUUGUAUUGGUUUCGUUUUUUCACUCUUUAAAAGCAUUAAAAAGAGAUCUUUCUAACCUUGAUUGUAAAAUUUCUGAUCAAGAUAUCAAUAAAACUGUUCAAAUUUUUGAACGUAUGAUCUUUGCAUCAGAUGAAUCCGAGUACUCUGAGCUUCUGAAGCAACUCAAGACCUUAUCUUCUCCUGUUGCAAUCCUUUUCCGAAAAAAAUGGCAUCCAAAAAGAGAUUUGUGGGCUGUAGGGCUUCACUUAAAAUCCAAAAAGUUUCUUAAAUCAUUUAAUAAUUAUUUAGUUUAUAUCAGGAAAAAAAUAAGGCCAGUGAUAAGUUCUGAAACUUCUGUGGAAAAUAUUAUAAAAAAGCUUUCUUCUUUUCUUUCCAGAUUUAGAAAAGAUAGAUUUCAAAAUUUUACAGCUGUUUUUCAUAAUGCAUUGGUACCAGCUCAGCAAAAACAAAUUGCUUGUCAUAAAUAUUCAAAAUUUCUUACUCGGUAUGCUGCCGAAGUAGUGGCUGAACAGAUGGAUGAUGCAGUUUCUAUAAAAAGUUUUCAAAGAUUAUCAUGUGGAAGAUAUACUUGUAGCUCUGAUAUUUUAGUCAUGACAAAUACAUGUUCUUGUGACUUUUACGGAUUGAUGUCACUACCUUGUUGUCAUAUCUUUGCCUUGAGGAAAUAUCUUUCUGUGUCUUUAUUUGAUAGUUCUUUAUGUGCAAUAAGAUGGACAGCCGUAAGCUAUCGGCAUACAUAUGUAGAUUUACAAAAUACUUAUUUGGUAGAAGAAAAGCUUGAACAUAGCUCUGGCCAGCGAUUCCAAAGAUGUUUUGAUAUCUGUGGUGACUUAUGGUCUCUUCUGUUAGAGAGUUCUGAUAAUAUUUCUCGUGAAAGAAUACAAGUUUUUCAGAAUCUUCUGUAUUCUUGGAAGACUGGUUUAAGAUUAAAUGUUAAAGCAUCUGAAAAAUCCAACAGUCCUUCUAAAAAUAAUAACGUAUCCCUAGAAGAUAUGUCUGCUGAUUAUUGGAAAGAAAUAUAUGGUAUUUCUUUAAAAGAUGUUUUUGAUUCUGAAAAUGAUUUUUCUUCAUUAUCAUUUUGCUCUGAAAAUUCUAAUGAGUUGUUGUAACUUAUUGAAAAAUAUGUGUUUGGGAAAUAGCUUGUAUUAUUUUUUUAUAUUAAAAUGCAAAUAAUUUUAUAUGACCCUAUUAUUAGUCAAAAAAUAAUGAAAUAAUAUGAGUUAAUCUUUUCACAAAGCAUCUGUGAUUAGAUGAAAGUUUUGUUUAUAUGUAUUUUGCAACAAAAUGCAUUUUGUGGAUUAAUUGAAUCCUUAAAUUUUGUACUUAAUUUUAAUUUGUAUGCCUAUCAGUAUUAUUGUUUUUGAAUUCUGUAUGUAAACUGUGAUAUUAAGCACCCUGUGUUAUUGUUAAGUUUUCAAAAUUUAAUGUUGUGAUUUGGUAACUGUAACUUUUGUUUAUAAUAUGUAAUUCUAAAAAAAUGUCAUUUAUUUUUAUAUUAAAACUUCACAUUUUGUUAAUUUAAUUAUGUGCAAGUCUGUUUAUAUUGUUAUUGAGCCUUGUAAGGGCUUUGUGAUAAGAAUUUUGAACUGUUAUGGAGUUUAUGGAAUUUCUGUUGAUUUGAAUAAUUAAUAAAUAUGUUUGGAAAUUAA